UGGCUUGACUUUUGAGUGCCGCCUUCAUCUGGUGGAGUUUCGGCGCUUGCGAGAAAUGCAACCCCACCAAAGCCUCUUCGCCUCCCUCCUCGUCCACACCACUGCGUCGCUGAACAACUUUUGCUUUGUAAAGCUGCAGUAACGUUCACAGGUGCUCAUCGACGCUCCAACAGCUUUUUGUUGUCGGCGUCGGGUGGAAGUAGGACGCUUUAAAUGCCAAGAGGAGCGCAGUGAGACCCCCCCCCCCCCCCCACCCCCCGCCGCACAAGACGCACGAUGGAGGGCAAAGGACCGCUCCGGUGUAAAAUCGUCGUGGUCGGGGGCACACGCUGUGGAAAAACGGCUCUGCUGCACGUUUUUGCCAAAGACUCGUACCCAGAGAAUUACGUACCGACGGUGUUCGAGAACUACACCGCGAGCUUUGAGAUCGACAAGCAGCGCAUCGAGCUCAACAUGUGGGACACGUCAGGUUCUGCCUACUAUGACAACGUGCGCCCGUUAGCGUAUCCCGACUCGGACGCCGUCCUCAUCUGCUUCGACAUCAGUCGUCCGGAGACGCUGGACAGCGUUGUGAAAAAGUGGCAAGGAGAGACACAGGAGUUCUGCCCUAAUGCCAAAGUGGUGCUGGUGGGCUGCAAGUUGGACUUAAGGACGGACGUCAAUGUCAUGAGGGAGCUUUCCCAACAUCGACUCAUUCCCGUCACCCACGAACAGGGUACUCAUCUGGCGAGACAGAUCGGCGCCGCGGCCUACGCCGAGUGCACCUCCAAGUAUUCGGAGAACACCGUCCGCGACGUGUUCCACGUUACCACCCUGGCGUCGGUAAGGCGCUCCCCCCGGCCCGCGCUCAAGCGUGCCGGCUCACGGCGGGGGCUCAAGCGGGUCUCGCAGCAGCCGCCCCGGACUGACAUUCACGAGCACCCGCCCGCCAUCAGGAAGGAGCGCGCCAAGAGCUGCGUGCUCAUGUGAGCCGCACGCCAACUUAAUUUAUUGUGUCCCAAGUCUUUGCACUGCUUUUAAAAAAAAAAAUCAUAAUAAUGUAAGAUAAACCAUAGAGUGUAUUUGUUUUUGUUUUGGUGGAGCUGCUGAUCCACAACAAAGCAUAAAACUGGCAAACAAACCAUUGAACUGGAUAAAUGAGACACGCACUCAAAAUUCUGCAACCAAUUUCCUAAGACCACAAGUGCUUUGAUUAUUAACACCACAUAUUAAUGUUGCUAAAUGAAUAUUGUUAUAAUACUGGGAAGGUGACUCACAACGGGGAGGGGACAAAGGCAGAUGUCAUUUUGUUCAUGUGACAAUGAAAUAAAAAAAACUUAACACUU